AUGGGAGGUAGAAAUGAGUUACUAAAUAAUAAUAAAUUAAUUCGAUACCAAGCAAAGAGCCAAAAAAAUUCUCCAUCUAUGAAUUUGGCUAUGUAGAUAGUAAAUAAAGACAUAAAAAUAGUCAAUUUAAACGAUUAACUCUUCUAAGAUUGUGUCCAAGAUAUGUACUUUCUGAAGGUUAUUCUUUUAGUUAUUUAUGGAAAAAAGUAAUAGCAAAUUAUCGUUAUUAAAGGUGUGAAACAAGAUUUAAAGGAUAUCAUCUUAUUUUUGCUGUAUUCUGUAGUACAAGUCACUACUAAUAAAGAUAUUAAUAAGAAAAAGUUAAAAAAGAUUUAUAGGAGUCUUUUGAAUUAAGACAACUCUAUCCACUCAUUUAAGCUUUUCCAAUUAAUAUCUGUAGGUUCUGGAGCUUAUCUUACAGCCAAACUAAUCCCUUAAAAAUUUACAUAUCCAUCAUUAUUUUAAUCUAGAUUCAAUGAUUGUUUUAAAUAGUAUUUAAAAGUGUUGUAUUUUCUUUUUUCAGGAAUUUAAGUUUGUCUUGCUUAUAUUUGA